GAUUGUAACUUACCACUUCACUUGAUUGGUUGUCUUUGUUUCCAGUUACAUAAUCACAGUGUCACCUGAUGUUUGCCUCACAGUGAGGAAGUCUAAAACAUAACAGUGUUGACCUUCAGUGGUUUAACAGCAACAGAGUCGUUCUAACCACAGGUUUUGAUAUUCCAACACGAUGAAGCUGUUGGCUGCACUGUCCAUUUGCUUCUUGUCCUUCUUGGUGACCGUAGAAGGCAAUCCUGAGCCUUGCGAGUCACCAAAGCUCCUCGAAGGUCAAAUGACUACUCUCAACAUGAGCAAAGGCACUGCGGUGUAUGCAAAGUUCGCCUACGACGCUAUUCAAAAGAGGAUUUAUGCCCUCAAAACAACAUUAUUUGAAGGUGACGAGCAAGGCCAAGUGGUGGACAUCAAGCUAUACCAGGAGUCUGUCCAGUAUACGUUCUACCUUGCGAACAGGACCUGUGUGAAGCAUCCGCUCCAUGUUCCAUUCAAGCCAAUUCGCGUCCCUGACAACGCGAAAUUUCUUAGUCAGAUGUACAUCGGCAGCUCUGCUUCUCCAAGAGAGGGUCUUCUAGCCAAUGUCUGGACUGAAGAAUGUGACAGUGGCUUCUGUGUAUUGACGUUCACGGAGUAUGGCUGUCUCCCCCUGUCUUUCCUGUACCGCAGCAACAAGGAUUCAACCCUGAACUUAGAAUCGUUCAUGAGCUUGACAUACGGAAUCAGUGAUCCGAAUGUGUUUCGCCCUCCUGUGGAGUGUUUUCAUCCAAACUGAAUCUGUGAGAAUAUUCUCACAUGGAGCUGGUUCAAUAUUGGGAUUUACCUAACUCACUAAUAAUCUGACUCAAUAUUGGGAUUUAUCUAACUCACUAAUAAUAUGACUCAAUAUCGGGAUUUAUCUAACUCAUUGUAAUAAUCUGACUCAAUAUCAGGAUUUAACUAACUCACUGUAAUAACCUGACUCAAUAUCAGGAUUUAUCUAACUCACUGCAAUAAACUGACUCAAUAUCGGGAUUUAUCUAACACUAAUAAUCUGACUCAAUAUCAGGAUUUAUCUAACUCACUGUAAUAAUCUGAUUUAAUAUCAAGAUUUAUCUUAACACUAAUAAUCUGACUUAAUAUCAGGAUUUAUCUAACUCACUGUAAUAAUCUGACUCGAUAUCAGGAUUUAUCUAACUCACUGUAAUAAAGAACAGUUGUACCUGCCUA